CCACUCUCUUUCUCUCUCCACAGUGUCUCUUCCUUUUUCUUCAACGUCACAAACUCACCGGCGGUUUAAAUUUCACGGUUGAGAAUUUUUCAUCAAUCACUAUGAGUCCUGGUCAGUUGCCUUCAGAUUCGAUCAAAGUAGUUCCUGGCAGGAGUAAGCUGAGGGUUGAAUCUUCAAAUCCAGUUCCCAGAGGGAAUCCAACAUCUAAAGCUUCAAAGGUGAAGCUGCUUUCACCGGAGGAAGCUAUGAAACUUACAUCUGGAGGCAAUGGAAUGGCGGUUUCUCCAGUUAAGCCUACUCGUGCACCUUCUCAAGUACCAAAACCUGUCCCGCCUCGUCGAACUCCUGAAGCACCAAGACCUGUCCCGGCUUGUCCAACCCCUGAAGCACCGAGACCUGUCUCGGCUCGUCCAACUUCUGAAGCACCAACCCCUGAAACACCGAGACCUGUCUCGGCUCGUCCAACUUCUGCAGCACCAAGCCCUGUCUCGGCUCGUCGAACUCCUGAAGCACCAAGACCUAUCCCAGCUCGUCCAACUUCUGAAGCACCAACACUUGUCCCGGCUCUUCCAACUUCUGCAGCACCAAGCCCUGUCUCGGCUCAUCCAACUUCUGCAGCACCAAGCCCUGUCUCCGCUCAUCCUACUUCUGCAGCACCAAGCCCUGUCUCGGCUCGUCAAACUUCUGAAGCAUCAAAACCUGUCCUGGCUAAUCCUGCAGCAGGUAUUAGAAGAGAAAUCGUUUGCGGUCUUCGAGCUUUGAGUAUGACUACUACACCAGUGAGACAGAGAACCAAUCCAAGUCUCCUUCAAUCUAAGAAGGUUGAGCCUCCAAGUCCACGUGCGUUGCAAAUUCGUUCAAGAGUUAAGCAACAAGCAGCUACUGCAACACAAGUUCAACAAGGGACGAUUGUGGAAGUUGGUGGUAAAGCUAAAGAUCAUGGUUCCAAAGAGAUACGUCAAUCAGUCUCUGAGGAAGAAUUGUCGAAAUUACUUCUAUAUCUACCAGCUCAGAAUCCUUCUUGGAACGGACGCAUUAUGGAUUCUGCCUCACCUCCUGAGUUUGACUGUGAGUUUUGGUCUAAACCGGCAUCCAAUAUCACGAGGAAGGCACUCAGACGUUCAAAGGCAAUGCCUGCAUUACUCAAGGUCGAGCUGCUUCCUACAUGCCACAUUCUGAAUGAUGUGUCUGGCAGAAGCCCAACGCUAUUGAAAGUCGAAAUGUACCUUUUCCCAGAUGAGAAGAAAACAGAAAGGUUUAAAGGGGAACAUGCUAAUCUGUUUGAGGCAAUGGCAACUCGCAAUGUCAUGGCCAAAGCUAAUAUAAACGACACUGUGUUGUUGAUAUUCUCCUCGAAAUUAUUGGACAAAACCUCCCAAUUUGUCAUCAAUACGCAGAAGAAAACAGAAAACUUCCUUUGGGGUUUUUUUCUCCAGACCAAAAACUCACUAGGACUUGUACCAGAAACUGCUUCUCAAAUUGAUACAGAUUUUGAUGAUGGGGAUGUUGUUGACAUGGACAUAGACACUGAAUGUCUGACCCCAAGUUUGGCUCUGAAGCUAAUUACAGAAUCACAAAACACUCCCUCAAGAUCACCGGAGAAGGUGAACAGAGAAACAAGUUUACCUCCUGGUUUCGAGAAGAUAUGGACACCACCUUUGGUGAAACUUAAUAUACAAGGAACUUCAAACCCUCUAUCUGAUCUAACCGGAUCGGCUGGAAUAGUGCGUGACCAAUCAGGGAAGUGGGUGUUUGGGUACAUCAGGUGCCAUAGGAGCAUCCCUGAAGUCGCAGCUGGGCUUUUGGCUAUAUACCAUGGCCUCAAAUUUCUGUGGGACAGCGGUUUCCGAAGAAUCCAGUUGGAGACAACAAGCUUUGAGAUCAUCAAUGCUCUAACAACAAGAUCGUCCCUGUUUUGUAAAAGGAAAACGCUUCUGGGGUCGUGCAAGGACAUGAUAUUGAAGGACUGGGAGUGUGACAUUUACCAUAUCUCCAAAGAACAGAACUCGUGUGCAGAAUGGUUAGCAAAGAGAUCAGAAGAACAGCCUCAAGAUUUAGUUUUCUUCGAAUACCCUCCUCGAGGCCUUGUCGAUCUUUUGGAGAAAGACCGUCUUGCAGCUAUUUGUCGAAAGAUAAGACUGUCACAUCCCCCGGAGAUGACAAUGGCCGGCGAAUCUUCCGGCAAGAAAUGCGGAGACGGUGACGGUAAAGUCGCCGGGAAAAGCCAGCGAAAGGUGGGUCUUGUUUAUGACGAGACGAUGUGCAAACACGACACACCUGACGGUGAGGUUGACGUAGAGUGUCCCGAUCGUAUCCGAGUAAUCUGGAAGAAGCUUCAGCUCGCCGGAGUCACUCAAAGAUGUGUGGUUCUUGGUGCUAGUAAAGCGGAAGAUAAGCAUCUCAAAUUGGUUCACACAAAGAAACAUGUUAAUUUAGUGAGGAGUAUUAGCACAAAACGGAAGGAUUCUCGGAGAAACAAGAUUGCUUCACAGUUUAAUUCGAUUUAUCUGAAUGGAGGUUCAUCUGAAGCCGCAUAUCUUGCAGCUGGAUCUGUUGUAAAUGUGGCAGAGAAAGUUGCAGAAGGAGAGUUAGAUUGUGGCUUUGCUAUAGUGAGGCCCCCAGGACACCAUGCCGAGGCAGAUGAAGCCAUGGGUUUUUGUUUAUUCAAUAAUGUAGCCGUUGCUGCUAGUUAUUUACUAAACGAAAGACCGGAUCUAGGUGUCAAGAAAAUUCUGAUUGUUGAUUGGGAUAUCCAUCAUGGAAAUGGUACACAGAAGAUGUUCUGGAAAGAUCCUCGCGUACUAAUAUUCUCUGUUCAUAGGUAUGAUGACGGAAGUUUUUAUCCAUUUGGCGAUGAUGGGAAUUAUAAUAUGGUUGGGGAAGGUCCAGGUGAAGGUUUUAACAUAAACGUUCCAUGGGAGCAAGGAGGAUGUGGAGAUGCAGAUUAUUUUGCCGCAUGGGACCAUAUCUUGAUUCCUGUGACAAAGGAAUUUAAUCCCGAUAUUAUUUUGCUCUCAGCUGGAUUUGAUGCAGCUAUCGGUGAUCCGCUCGGGGGUUGUUGUGUUACACCAUAUGGAUAUUCAGUCAUGUUGAAGAAGUUGAUGGAGUUUGCACAAGGAAAGAUAGUGCUGGCCUUAGAGGGAGGGUACAAUCUUGAGUCAAUGGCAAAGUCUUCACUCGCAUGUGUACAAGUUUUGCUUGACGACAAACCGGUUCAAUGUUCUUCUGGAACAUACCCUUUAGAAUCUACACGUCAUCUCAUACAAGCGGUACGCAAAAGACUAUGCGUAUAUUGGCCUUCACUUGCAGAAGAAUUAUCAUGGAAGCUGGUUGAUCAGAAAACUCCUACUCCAGUUGGGCACCUUUCUUCUUGUCUACCAUUUCCAUCUUCAUUAUUCGUUGGCCGUGAAUCUGUAGUUAGUGGCGCAAGGACAGAAGGUCCUAACCUGACCGUGCUUCCCUCCUUAGAGCCCAGAAGCACCAGUCAUAGUUUGCCCCACUCGCAUCUUUCUGUCACCAAGAAAAGAAAGGCUCCCGCUUCUGGUUCGACCUCAAGCCGUCGAUUCUCAGAGUUGGAGGAUGUCAUAGUGGAGAAGGUUCUUCCGUCUUUUCAGGAAGAGCUGACAGGUAUGGAAUUCGAGGACCGCAUCGCUUUCGGCAAAGAAAGUUCCUUCAAGGCAAUUGUGAUGUUUGAUCACCUUGCUCAGGAGAAUAGAGAGUUGAGGUACAAAAUUUCUGCUGCUUCUGACGCGUUGAUGGCGUCUAAUGAGAAGUUAAAGAACCUAAGUGCAGAAAGAAACUCUGCUGACGCUCUCCUUCGUGAAGUGGAAGAGUUGAAGUCUCUAUUGGCUGCCCGAGAUGGAGAAUUGGAGGCAAAGAGAAAAGAGUUAAAGGCCAAAGAUAAGGAGCUAGAAGCGCGGCUAAUGUUGGUUGGCGCUCGAGAAGAUGAAAUGCGUGGUCUUCGUGCCAAAAUAGAGAGUUUGCUGCGGGAGCGAAAUGAGGGGGUAGCAAAAGCUGAGCGCCUAGAUAAGGAACUCCAAGAAGAUAGGCCAAGAAGCCGCCUAGAGAAUGAAGACACGGAUAUGGACUCAGAAGAUGAAGACAUCGAAACCCUGUCUCAGAAGUUCAAGAAAGACAUAAACCUUGUCUUCGAGAAGUUCAGAAAAGAUACUGAGCUUUUCAUCGGGGAGUUAAAGAAAGAAAGGGAACAUGCCAUCACCGCUGCAGUUAUCACCACUCGGUAUCAAGUAUGUCGCAAAUGGAAGAGCCAGGGUACUCUAAGUGGGGAGCUUAAAUUCGCAGCAGAAGUAUACUCCAAGCUGCGCUCUUUGGUUGAAGAGCACGGGAAGAGCCACAUUUACCCUUGUGUAGAAAUGUAUGAGGAGGCGUGGAAGGAGUUUGUUGGUCCUCGUCAUCACCCAACACUUGAGAAGCUGAGAGCAGCAAAGCUUGACCUUUUCACUUUUCGAACGAUACUGUCUCAUCUCCCGGUUAUGGCUAUGGCCGGAGAAUCUUCCGGCAAAAAGUAUGGAGACGGCGACGGUAAAUUCGCCGGAAAAAGCCAGCGAAAGGUGGGUCUUAUUUACGACGAGACGAUGUGCAAACACGACACACCUGACGGCGAGGAUCACCCAGAGUGUCCCGAUCGCAUCAGAGUUAUCUGGGAGAAGCUUCAGCUCGCCGGAGUUUCUCAAAGAUGUGUGGUUCUUGGUAGUAGCAAAGCGGAAGAUAGGCAUCUUCAAUUGGUUCACACAAAGGACCAUGUUGAUUUAGUUAAGAGUCUUAGCACUAAAGAGAGAGAUUACCGGAGACAUAGGAUUGCUUUACAGUGGAAUUCGAUUUAUCUGAACGGCGGUUCAUCUGAAGCAGCAUAUCUUGCAGCUGGAUCUGUUGUAAAGGUGGCAGAGAAAGUUGCAGAAGGAGAGUUAGAUUGUGGUUAUGCUAUUGUCAGGCCCCCAGGGCACCAUGCUGAGGCAGAUGAAGCGAUGGGGUUUUGUUUAUUCAACAAUAUAGCCGUCGCUGCUAGUUAUUUACUAAACGAAAGACCGGAUCUAGGGGUCAAAAAAAUUCUGAUCGUUGAUUGGGAUGUCCAUCACGGAAAUGGUACACAGAAGAUGUUCUGGGAAGAUCCUCGUGUACUAUUUUUCUCUGUUCAUAGGCAUGAGUAUGGGAGUUUCUAUCCAGCGGGUGAUGAUGGAGAUUAUAACAUGGUUGGGGAAGGUCCAGGUGAAGGGUUUAACAUAAAUGUUCCAUGGGAUCAAGGACGAUGCGGAGAUGCAGAUUAUCUUGCUGCAUGGGACCAUAUCUUGAUUCCUGUGGCUAGGGAAUUUAACCCGGAUAUUAUUCUGCUUUCAGCUGGAUUUGAUGCAGCUAUUGGUGAUCCGCUCGGGGGUUGUCGUGUGACCCCAUAUGGAUACUCAGUUAUGUUGAAAAAGCUGAUGGAGUUUGCACAUGGAAAGAUUGUGAUGGCGUUAGAGGGAGGGUACAAUCUUGACUCAAUUGCAAAGUCUUCACUUGCAUGUGUCCAAGUUUUGCUUGGAGACAAACAAAUUCAUGGUUCUUCUGAAGAAUACCCAUUCGAGUCUACAUGGCGUGUCAUACAAGCGGUACGCAAGAGGCUAUGCGCAUAUUGGCCUUCACUUGCAGAUGAAUUAUCGUGGAAGCUGAUUAAUCAGAAAACUCCUACUCCAAUUAUCCUUAUCUCAAGCUCCGACUCUGAAAAUGAAGACGACGCCCAUGGACUCCUGGAUCAAAUGUCGAAACUCAGCAUUGAAAACCACCAAGGUACACCACUUGAAAACCACCAAGUAGAUACUGUAUCUACAUCGUGGAGAGCUGAUCUCGCAAAGGUUGACGUUUGGUAUGCCUCUUUUGGUUCCAACAUGUGGAAACCGAGGUUUCUUUGCUAUAUUCAAGGGGGACAGGUCGAUGGAAUGAAAAAGACAUGUGUUGGCUCAAUGGAUAAAAGUCCACCAAAGGAUAUAGUGUGGGAAACAUUUCCACAUAGAUUGUUCUUUGGCCGUGAAUCUUCAGUCAGUUGGGGUGUAGGAGGAGUUGCUUUCACCAACCCCCUUGCUAAUUUCAUUGAUCAAACUCACAUGUGUUUGUACCGAAUCACGCUUGAGCAGUUCAACGACGUUCUGUCUCAAGAAAAUGGUUUGAAUGUUGAUUCAGAUUCUCCAGUCUUUGAUCUAGCUGCUUUGCAGUUAGUAGAGAACAAAGGAUCCAUUUUAGAAGCUGCUUUGAAUAGUUGGUAUGGAAAUGUUGUCUGCUUGGGGAAAGAAAGCGACAUUCCUAUACUUACAAUGACUUGCACGCUUUCUGCUGUUGAGAAAUUCACAUCAGGUGAGAUCCCUCUAAGACCUCCUGCAGAAGCCUAUGCCAACACUUUAAUAAGGGGACUUGUGGAAGGAGGAAGAUUCUCUGAAGAAGAAGCUAAGGCUUACAUAGACAAUGCUGUGUCUAAACCUCUCUAGUGUAUUAUUUACUCAGAAACCGCCCUUUUGAUCACGAUUUGAAGCUUCAGGUUUCUGAGUUAUUCAAUUAGGAUUAAAACCACAGGUUAAGAAAUAUUAUGAUACUUU